AUGGCCGCCGCCGACGGAAUAUUCCGCUGCAUCUUCGAAGGUUGUAUCUCCGGUCUCGAUUCCGCCAUCGAGCGGCGUCCUUACCACAAAAACUGCGGAUGCGCGCUUCACGACGGAUCUCGCGGCGCUGGGAAAACUAAAAAUCAGCGGCGGACGUCCUGCCGCCGCCACGGAAGCUCGGAGAGCAUCUCUUUCCCGAUCCGAAGGUCUUGGAGCGAAGGCAACAUCAUGGCUAUGAACUUCCCUUCCUCCUCAUCGUCAUCCAAUCUCCAAUCGCUUUCUUCGUCUUCCAAUCUCCAAUCGCUUUCUUCGUCUUCUUCUCUCACGAACCUGACAUCGCCGGCCGAUUUACCGGUGGAUGGAGCUGCGUCGGAGGAUAGGAGCAGAUCUCAUAAUCAUCAGCUGGGAUGGACGAUUGACGAAGGUGAAGAUCUUUAUUGA